AUGGCAUGGAUUCGAACAAAGUUUGGUAGAACAAGAGUCUCUGGAGAUCAGAAUCAAGAUAGACUCAGCGACUUACCUGAAUGUAUUAUCCUUCACAUUUUAUCAUUUUUGAGCAUACAACAUGCGGUUCAAACUUGUGUUUUGUCCACCAGAUGGAAACAUCUCUGGAAACGUAUUCCAACUAUUAGGUUGAAUUCUUUUCAAUUUAGGACUUUGAAGAUAUUUUCCGUAUUCCUAUCUAAGAUUUUGUCUCUCCGUGAUACCUCAACUGCACCACAUACAUUUGAUCUUUUCCGUCAUCGUGAUAUUGAGCCUCGACUCCUUAAAAAGUUUUUAAACUAUGUUUUUUACCAUAACACCCAUCUCAAACAUUUAGGAAUCUCUGUCAAUGGUGAUACUGCUCUCAUUUUGAGCUGUGUUUCUUCAUGCCGGGCUCUUACAUCUCUUAAGCUUUCACUUCACCCUAGAGGGAGGGAUCCUACAGAAACAUUAUUUCCAAAUUCUUUGAAUUUGCCUUUACUAACCAGCUUGGAUCUAACAAAUUUUGCCUUUUGCGGUGAUGAAAGCGGUUGUGCUGACCCCUUUUUGGCCUUUACCAAGUUGAAUACUUUGGUCCUUCGUUGUUGUAAGGUAAUGGAUGCACAAAUCCUCAGCAUAUCAAGCCACACACUUGUCAAUUUUGCUAUGCAUCAUAAUUCAUCUCUCCUUGCCAAGAUCAAGCUAUAUGUUCCAAGUCUUUGUACCUUUAAUUAUACCGGGAACCACCAUAUUCACGAAAUAUGUGGAAGCGGACUUUCUUCGGUUAAAAAAGUAAAUAUCAAAUCACGACGAUUUUCAGCUUCGAUGGAGGAUGCUUUGAUUCUAUUUAGCUGGCUGCUAAACUUUGCCAAUAUAGAGUCAUUGACCGUCACUUCAACUAUUCUUCAGAUUCUCUCCUUAAAUCCUGAUUUAUUCGAGGUUAAGCUCCAUUCUUUGCAUAAAUUGAAGUCGUUGAAAGUAAAACUGAUACAAAUUGAGGAAGGAUCUUUAUUACUAUUAAUGGAAGACGCCAUGUUAAAGAAAGCUGCUGCCAAGUCACCUAAAGAAGUUGAAAAGUUAAGAGAGGCAUUUGAAACAUGUUUGGAACCACCUGCCAUACCUGAUGGAAUAGUUGACUUCUUGCGACAAAAUUCGCCGUCGGCUGAAGUGAACAUCAGAACAAAAUAUCCGAGUUCUUUUAAUCUGAAGCAGCAGAUUGAAGAAUCUAUAAAGGGUGCGAAGAUUAACGAUUAUCGUUCGCGAUUCUCUGUGCCUUCCUCCUCCAAACUUCCGAGACUUUCUCUGCGUUCCUCCUCCUCUGUCGCACCUGCUUCAGCUGACAAGUCUGCUUCUGAAGCUGCUCCUGCUUCUGCCACCGAGCCUGCCAAGUCUGCUUCUGAUGCUGCUCCUGCUUCUGCCGAGCCUGCCAAGUCUGCUUCUGAUGCUGCUCCUGCUUCUGCCGCCGAGCCUGCCAAGUCUGCAUCUCCAUAUCUUCAUCUCUGUCUCGGCGAAAAGGAUUAUAAAUCAUCCAAUAAAGGUGAGGAGGAGAAGCACCAACAUAACACCGACUCUCCACUUCAAGAUAAUGAGCUGUGA